GGGCGCCCUCCUGAAGAAUCGUAACCUUGGACAAGAUAUUCUGCCGAGUCCAGGGCAGCCUAAACGUACAGAAAGCCUCUACGUCGCUCCCGGACGCGGUUCGACCGCAUCCGGUGGCGGAGGCGGUGGCGGAGGUGGCAUGUCGAAGGACGCAGGCCGGACGGUCCCCGCCUUCGCCGCAACGUCGAAGGGCCGCGCAACCCUAUGAGUAUAAGUAUUAUAAAUAAAAUAUGUACACACACACACACUGCGAUAGAACCAAACGCGAGUCGCGUCGCGUUUUAUAACGAAUGAGUCGAGACCAGUUUAAAGAGGGGCGGCGUUCGUGACUAGAUCCUGGAUUCCUGACGAGAACAAGCGAGAAGGGGCUGCUCGAGGGCAGGAAAGGGGGGUGGGUCUGCCUCCUCCGAUUCUAUCGGAGAGAAAGUGUGGCCUGCGACAAAUGAUUAUGUAACGAAGAAUUAAUUUAAGGGUUAAGAUCAAGAUAUACCGAUGGAUCGUUUUUACGAUUACCCUUACACGGUCCACGAAUUAAUUCGUAGCCUGUAUGUUGUUCAGUGUGAUACUGUGUUUAGUGUUCGUUAUAGAAUGUAAUGUUACCCGUAGGGCGUAUAACACGUUGUGUUCUAACUUAUGGCCACAUAACAACAGCUAGUGUGACUAAAAUACAUGCUUCUUCGCGGAAAAACGAAGCUAAUAUCAAGGGCAAAGAACUUUGCAGAAUCUUUGCUUAAGAAUCUAGGGUCUAUUCACGACAAGAACCGCGCGCAACCAACAAUUUCUCGAGCUUCAACAGUGCAACAACGUUUAAAUACAUUCCAACCUCCAUCGACCAAUAAUUAUUAAUACCCAAGUACAUUCCAAAGUAUCAUACGUUCCAAAAUGCGUGUUUCACGCGAUUGCUCGUUGUUGGACGAAUAAUCGUUGAAUUUUGUUAACGUGGUCUAGAGGAGAAUGGCCUAGCCGCUUCUCUAAACUCUAAGGCUUUCGCUCAGUCGUAUCGUCAACGUUUUGAUCGAUCAAACACAUUCGUUGGAUGUUUGAACGGACUCGACUCGUUUGGUGCACGUGGUAUUGUACAUGGUUUAGCGAACGGGUAUCUUACAGUUUACACGGGCAUCCUGAGCGACGUGUUAACGGGAACAGAGACCGGAACCGUUGUUUGGUAUGCGUCGAAAAAGAAAAUAUUUUCAGACCGACCAUUUAGUCUCAACGAUCGCGUGUGUGCCAGACAGGGGCAUUAGGGUAAGGUUAUAGCAAGAACGAUUCUGGAUGUUCUCCUUUGAACGAUAAAAUACUGUUAGGGGAUAACAUAUAAUCGGGAAGUAUCCUUAUGCAACGAGGAUCGUUAUGAAACAUAAAAAAGGUCGGCACAGAAAAACGUUGAUGUAAGAAAUUACAAAACAUAAAAAUAACCCACCGUCGGUUUGUUCUACCGAAUAACUCGAAGUAAACAAUCUAUCAUGAAAACAAAGUUGUCGUGAGUCACUGAUGACUACGCCAUGGGUUGAACGUAUUUCUUUGUCAUAAAAGACCUUGGUGCAAAUUGAAAGGUGUUUGCUGUACAAAAAUUCUAUUUGUAUGACUUCUUUCGCGCAUAAGUCAUCACCGUGCUAUAUGGUCGCUCUUCAUAGCCUUACCCUAACACUGGCAAAUCUUGAAAUUCUCAAGGUGUGAAUUAGCAAAGAACUCGUACCUGGUCGUAGAUUGUUACUAGCUAUUAUGUAGGUAAUUCGCAUUCGUGAUUGACAGCCACUUAACCCUUUCAACCUCUGGUACAUAAUAAUUUCUUUUCUUUCGUUUUUUUAUGGUUUCGGUUAAAGGAUGUAAGAUUUCUGAGAGAUGAAAAGAAGCUCAAAAGCUGAACGCACAGAUAAAAAGGUUUCUUCAUGGAUUCGGUGUAAAAUAGUAUUAUCGAGGCUGAAAGGGUUAAAUCGAAUUUGGGCAUUGAACGAAGCGGACAACGUUCUUUCCGCCUUCUUGUCAGAGACAGAAGUUAUUUUUCUAUGAGAAGCACAAUAGAUGUAGUAGAAUGGAUGAACGAAUAUUUGCGAGAGUUCUGUCAGGCGAUGCAGACGACCUGUGCUCGAUUUGUCGAUAUUGCGAUUCGUUCGACUACAUAGCUUGUAGGGGAGAGCAACAAGAUGAUGAAAAUUUGUCGAAAAUCGAGGUGCUUAGUAGACUGUUCGUUCCGACGUAAAAAUUCUAGCGGAAAAAAAAGAGAAAAGAAAAACGCAAUAUCGAACAAUGGUACAGAAGUACAGACCCGGAUGCAAAGAUAUUUACGUCGUUAACGUUUCCAAAAAGGAAAACAGAAAAAAGACUCGUUUUAAUUCCACACACUUUCGUUCGAGUGAUCGAACGAAAGCCAAACUACUCGACCGAUAAUUCAAAACACAACCGUUUAAUUAAUUCUCUUCCUUUUUUUUCUUUCAAUCUAUUUCAAUCGUCUUUCCUUUUUUUUCUCAUUAAAUCCAAACAUCGAAUACUUUUCCACUGAAUGAUCGAUUGAUCGCGAUUGAAUGUCGAACGAUCGAAAACCGAGCAUGCACUUACACACGCACGCAAAUGAUUCCAACUCAUUCAACAUGGUGUUACGUCCAUUAAAUAAGCAAAGUAACGUGUAUGAUGUUACGUCCAUUAAUUAAGCAAUUCAAGGAAUUCGAAAGGUAAGGUUCGCGCGGUGUGGAGGCGGGGACCGGUUUUUUUACAAUUCUUCCAUUCUACUUGACCGUGCGUUUCUUUUCCUUUUAACAAGCUUCGUACCUCUUUUUCGAUUCCUCUCUGUCUCAACAAGACCCUAUGUACUUUCUACCUCAAAUUCUACGAUCUGUCUCUCAUCCGUCAUUGUCGGAUGUUAAUUGUACUGUCUCGAAUGCAUUCCCCGACCCUUACCGACGGAAGUUACAGUCCCCCUUGUCCACGUUUCACGUUUACUUGGCGACGAUUACCAGAAAAAAAUCUUUUUUUACCCUCCACCUCCACGCCGCUUGUUUUCUCCUAUUUUUUGAUCAGAAACAUUAUUUUUCUAACGCAUGCUUCUAUGACGUAGCGUCACUCUGUAAAGUUUAUGAUAUAUUGUACUAGUUCUACAAGAUGGGAUAUAUAUACACACAUAUAUAUAUAUACAUACACAUAUACACACAUGUUAUAUAUACAUAUAUAUUUCGUAGAUAUAAGUAAGAGAAAAUAUGUAGUGUGAGAUAAUUAUUUAGGUAAUAAAUACUGUACGAAUGGAAGACGAUGAUAACCCUUUCGAGAUCGUAGGAUUACCGACGGACGAAAGGAGAGAUAUUUUAGUGGAAAUUGUGUAAUAACUGUUCUUAAAUUUCCUCUUUAAGAUGUAAAAUGGAACUUGUGUCUAAAAAAAAUCAAGUUUGGUGAUAUAAUGGGAGAUUCUGAGAAAGAUAGAUAUUUUGAAGAUUUAACUCUUUGACAGUAUAAUAUUAUAAAAUAACAAAGAAUUCAGAAUGAACGGUUUAGAAAAGAAUUAUUUCUUUAUCGUGAAGAUUUCUUGCAUUUUUGGUAUUAAAUACAAACAAAAACGUUACUUCAACUUUUCCUGGGAAAUAAAUAUUGAUAAUUAACUAAAUAUAAACAACUAUUAACCAAUAUCGAUAAUUACUUAAUGAAUGAAAUUUAUAUCACUUACUAUAUUUGAUACCAAAGUCUUUCUCCUGUUAAAUUUUAAAAGGAUUAAUAUUUACAUUGACCGUGUAUUUGUUCCUUUUAAGUUACUUUUUAAGUUACUAUUCUAAAAUAUCUCGAACGGGUUGAUCUUUGUUAUUCAACAGGCACAAAUGUCGGUACCAAAUGUGCAUUAUGAAUACGUAAAUUUAAUUCUCGACGUACCUCUGAAUACACAUACUAUUCCUCUCGUCGAAUUAGAACGACGCAAGGAAGUAUAAUUUUGUGCAUUAGGUACGACCCUAAAAACAUUAACGCGUAUAUGUAUACACGCACACGAACACAAACACACGCGUAAUAAAUAUAUCAGGAUUCUCUAUUUUAUUCACGGUUUUUCACAGUACAAUUACGAAACGCUUUUUGUGCGCCACGUUGAAUUCCUUAAAAGUACGACGCUAGCCUACGACGAACGAAAGAAUAAAACAAUACUUUUUGAUGACGUUUAAAGCUUACUUAUUUCGAUAAAAUAUAACCACCGAUAACAAACAUUGAAUUUUAAAUGCGUCACGUUGCUCAAGGUUGUACACACUCGAAGUAAUUAAGAAUUUCUACGAAAAUUUCUAACCCUUUCUAUACGCGAACGAGAUCAAUGGCAAGUUUUUUACAUGGAAAAAGAUGGAAACUCGUUAAAGGCUUAUUUCGAACGAAACUUUUUUACGAGAAUUUCUCCAUUCAACGUGGUUGCAAUUGUACCUCAACAAUGGUCGUGCCUAAAGAAACGAAAACUAAAUAAACCAACGUAAAAGAGAAAAGGGGGAAGGAGGAAAAGAUUAUAACCUGAGAUACAAUCGAAUGAAACCUGGAACCUUAGCGCAAAACGAGAAUAAUCUAGACGACGAAGCUCGGUUGGAAUUGAACCUCCCCAAGUUCCUUGACCUUUCAAACACUAUUUUUUAUGCGAAAUAUCGAGCACCACCGUGGGUGUAUCGUGAAGCUAACGUCGGGGUUGUUCAAGUGCCAAGUUAUUCGAAAGUGUCUUUUCACGAGAAUCUGAGAUGCAACAUAAUCCUAUUGGGUACAGCACAAACGUUGAAAUUUGAUCAUUAUCUCGUACAUAGUAAGCUCUCGUACGCGUAACAAAGUGUUAUGACGUGUUACACGUCGAACUAUUUAAGAGUUAUCUAUUUCUUUAAUAAAUAAUAAUAUUCUUCUUUAAAAAAUAAUUGAUUUGUGUAAAUAUUUCUUAACAAAAAGAAACAAUAUGAAGUAUUUAAAAAAUAUUUUUUGAUAUAUUUGCACGAAGAAUUCUAAGAUGUUCAAAUUGCGUUUGUGAUUUACUCUGUAAAACGGUAGAUACGAUUUCUAAAGACACUGACCGUGGCAUAUAACCGGGAUUUCACGUAUUUUAAUAUAAAGACAAUUCAUAGUGUUGUAUUAGAGGAGAACAACGUAGUAGGAGAGUCCUUAGAGGAAAGCAGAUCGAUAAGCGAGAAUAACCAAUGCACACACGCAACGAUGUACUUCCAGGUUACAUUUCGAGGAACGAGUUUACCGAUAUAGAGAUAUAUUGGGAUGAAACCUUGCUAAUUACACAACGAUAUUACAAAUGUUGGUUCGAUGUAUUGAAUGUAUUUAUGUAUAUGAUGUAAAAGCUGUUAUUGGCCGACAGAUUAAAACAUGUCGAUUAGGAGGAUAUCUAGUAUUUAAAAUUUUGAAAAACCUCGAACGUUCCUUGACCUCUUGCUUGCGUGAAUUACAGAUAUCCCGAUGAACUCGGAUGCACAUCGUCGUUUCUUAUUAUUUUGCAGAAAACACUGAUUUCUUUAUACCAAUUUCGUUAUAUUUACGAGUAGAAUGAGCGGAAAAAUUCGAUAUCGUUUCGUCAUCGUGGUAAACAGUAACCUUGAAAUUAAAUCGAAAUGACAAAGCCUUGAAAUAUCUUGCUUCACGAUGCCGCUAAUACAAAUUGUUCAAGAAUUCGGCAAAAGAAAAAUCUCGUGUAUUUUGUAUAACGAAAUAUGCUGGUUUAAUUGGACUUUAGAGUCGUGCCAAGAAACGCGUACAUCGAAUACAUGCAACAAGAUGUCCGCACUCGUCGAGACAAUAUAUAUUGGCGUGAAAACAACGGAUGAUAUUUUCGUAACUAUGUUCGGAGGAGCAGUAGGCACUUUUGAAAGUUAUCUUCAGAGCCUCGUUAUAUCUGCCGUGUAGGCUGUAUUCUGUUCUAUAUGAGUCACCAUUCUAUAAGACGAAACUGGUUUGCAAAACUGGAAAUAAAGAUUUUCUUAAUUAACUCGAAAGAUCGAUUAAAUUUGCCAUCGAACGCGAUUAAUGUAGGAUUAAAUCGUAAACUGUAUAACUGUAAAACGAGCUUCCUGAAAUAUUUAUAAGGUCAACAUGUGUUUCGACCUGAAUUACACGACGCGAACGAGAAAUUUGCAAUGCAGAAACUCGUGGCCGCAAAGCCUCUAGAAAACUAGGUGUUUGCACUUUUACGAUCAGUUUCCUCUCAAUUGAAUUUCGUCUAUGUUAUCGAAUCGUUGAGUCAAUGAUCCCGAUAGAUUAAUUGUUUGUUAAUUACAUAGAGUAUCUACGUACUGUUUAUCAGAACAUGAAUACGAGCCACCGGAUAUUCAUUGCUCGUAAAACGUUGUAUUUUCACACGCUAGAAAAAAGCGGAGAAGAAAAAAAUUCUGCAUACUAUGCUUGUCAUAAGAAGAAACUAUUUUAGAAUAAGAAAAAUAUAGAGUUGCUACAAUGAUUACCUUGUACGCUGAUACGUCAUUGGUCAGGAGACCACGGCAAUGAAAUGCAUUUGCAAUGCGCGUUAUCGCCUCAAUUAACAAAGCUAAUUAUUGUUGCACCAUGGCCACCAGGAUUAAAAUUCCAUAAUGAAUUGACUGAAAAACAAGUGGUCUAACGCGAUAACUUGGUCAAUAUGAAUGUGUAAUGAUGUUAUUGAAUUCAGAAAAUAUCAUAUAUUUUUCUGAACGAAAUAAAAAAAUAACAUCCUGUUUGGAAGGAAAACAUGAUGACUAUUCCAAGAAAAAAAGAGUAAUAUAUUAAUUUAUGUAAACUGUUGUUGACAAAUAAUGUGUACUAAACAGCAUUGCUGUUAUUCUGUUUGCUUGACAAAUAGUCAAUAUAGAUCUUUGGAUGUUUCAUAAAAUGAUAUAAACGACUACAACGAGACGCAAUAAGGAAACAAGAAAGCAAAUAAAGUGGGCCGAGCCCCAUCUUGGCGUGAGAAGACGGGGCGUAGAAUUCUCGAAAAUUUCGCCUUCGACGAAUUUAUUCGCAUGCCAGCUACAUGAAUCAGACAGCAAAUUGCGAGUUCGACUUUAUUUGCGUAACAAUAUUUCCGGUCGUGUUUCGCCCGUGAACAACCCUACGCAAUUUUCUUCGUCCCUGCGUUAUACCUCUUCUUUUUUCUCAUUUUUCCUGUUUCAUGAUAAGCGUUUAUUCCUGACCUGACGAAUGAUAUAUUUUUUAAACGCCGUAUUUAUUGCUCAAAGCUACAUUUGCUCCAAAAUUUAAAAAAAUUUAGUGGUUAGUUGACUUGCGAAAGCGCCACAAAUGACGUCUUCCAAAUUAAUAUUAGUUUCUCUCUAUUUAAAAUCUAAAUUGAAAAACUUUCCUAUUACCGUUUCCUCGUUUUCUACAAAAAUGAAUACGCAAUCGUUCAGGGUCCGAAAAGAACGAAAUUAAACGUGGAUGUACUAUCAGAAAUAACGAGACGAAACUACGAUUAUUUUUCUGCGAGAGUAAUCAGUAUAUCUAGGUGAACAUAACCUCCGCAAUUCCACCCACAAGUUUUUUCAGAGCAAAUAAAAAUCGAUUCGACGAAAAUAAAUGAUAGAUUCCGUAAAUUGUAAGAAUCCAAGUUCAAUGUUGAAACAAAAGCAAACAGUUCCUUGCGUGGUCAGGAGCGAAGAAGCGGCCCUCUGGCUUCAUCGUUGGAUAGAUCAACAUCCGGCCUAGAACGGAGCUCGACUAAAAAUACCGAUCAAUAACUAUCGCUCGAUACGAUGCACGAUGCGAAAAAGCGACAAUUCCGAGUGUGACUCCAAAAUAAAGUUAACGGGGAGGACUGUUCGACGACAGGGUGUCAUAAAUCAACGAGCAGCGAAUCGACAAGGCUCUGGCAUCCGUUGUCGAUUCACAGCCGUGAGCGUCGCGACGUGCUGUUCGUCGAUGCUAUUUCGACGUGAAAAUAGUGGGGCGUCUCUCUAUUUCGGUCGAACAAGCCAGGGCCGUUCAGUCUGCGGCCUGGCUUCCUCACCAGGAGGCUGCAGGUCCGAAUUUUCCAUUUUCAUCGUUGUGAACUAAAAGAAGCGCUUAUCAAGAACAUCUGGAAAGAGAAAAGCGCCACGGAGUCCGGGCAGAUCGCUGUAAAAGAAGCUUGUUCGAGAUCCCUUGUUGUGAGAAACUGAAUCGAAAUGUUCAGAUAGAGCCGGUAGAAGGUAGAACAACGGUAUUGACCGGUGCUUCGGACGAAUUCGAGCUGUCGGCUCUCGACCGUGAACUUUAGAGACUUUGGAAAGAAAGGAAGUUCGAGGCAAAGAUGUUGUGGUCGGAACCCGACGAGGAGGAAGAGGCGCUAUUAUGCAGCCCCGCUCUGAUGGCCAGGAGGGCCUCCGAGUCAUGGAUCGUCGCGCCUCCAGUGGAGGCGAUGCCCGCGGCGGCGGCGGCAGUAUCCCUUCAACGAAAGAAAUCACUGCCGGAUGUGGCUCAACCUAUUCAGUUGACAGCAACGGCACCGCUAUCCAGGGAGGAAGUCAGUGUCCUGAGCAGCAUGAGGAGAGAGGAGAUCCGCAGGCAGAUCGACGAGAGUGAAAGACUCAGGGCCAAUCCCUUGCUAUACUUGGUCAGUCCUCAGGUUAAAGACUGGUUCUCCCGGCAACAGCUGGUGAUGCUGGUGCUGUUCAUCAACAUAUCCUUAGCCCUGAUGUUCUUCAAGCUGCUGACGUAGCAGCCAGCCGAUGAUUGGGUUCACGGGCUCGUGGUGGACGUGACCUGAGACCCGGGCGUGUCACGACGCCCCGAGUCGUCACCGAUUACCAGGAUUAAAACGAUAAAGAAGAGGGCGCGACCCAGUGCUCUCGAGACAAAAUCACGAAAAAAACCGCUGAAAACGGCUUUCGAGCGAUCCAACUCGGUCCCACGGUGGUAAGGUCGGACAAAGGGAACGUUGGACCUCGAGGAUUCGCGUGGAACAGUAACAAGAAGAAGGAACUUGCAAGAUGAGAAUUUUUUCAAGUAUCUCAACGCGUUCUUGCGAGGAGACUGAAGAGAGAAAUUGACGAAUCGCUGUCGAAACUAUAGCAUUUGGGGUAGUGUCAGAAUCACUCUCGACUCGAUUCAAUUUUGCGGAAGGAUUUCCGGCGAGGAUUCAUGGGAAACUAGGAUUAUCGACGGAUGAUGAAAGAGAGAAGAGCCGCUCGUUGUUUCUUAGACAGGGUACCAAAGUCGCCGAGGUACCCUGGCGCCUGUAUCAUACAUAUUUUUACACCGAAUAUUUUAAUAAUAAUAAUAUUAAUAUUUGUACGAGCUGGUCGUGUCCCGAUGGUGCGAGCGACCACGCUCUAAACACGAUGCGCACACACGAAUCUCUCUACACUUUUCCUGUUCUUUCUCGACGAUCGACUCGAGCGUGGACACCGGAACGACUUUUAUACAAAGAAGCUAUAGAGCAGCUAGAGUAGCGUGAAACAAUUUUGUCCUGUAGAGAUUCUCGAAAAAGAGAAACCCGCAGACGAUCGAACAUAUUUUUCCAAACGUUAUGCCAAUCGAUCGUGGGGACACUUUGGAAGUUUCACAAUGUAGAUUUGCGGUGGUAGGGAAAAGAGCGCGAGAGGACUAAAAAGCAAUGAAGGAAUUAGAAUUUCUAUACAAUUGUUACAAUUUCUACGAAUUUGAUAGACGAACGGAGUUGUACGUUGUUGUACGGUUAACGUUACGAUGUAUUCAUGUGUUAUCGAUGUGUCCAUGUAAUUAUAUGGGUGUUAUGUGGAUAUCGAUAUAAUUGUAAUCGUGCAAAAUCCUACGGGAGAUCACUUCGUUUGCGGAGUCUUUACGUGUAGUCUUGCCUUUCACGUGGAAAUUGUAUAUAAAACACUUUUGUCCGAUUUUUAUAUACGCGUUAGAAUCGAGUCACGUGUCGUCUAUACAUGAUCGUUGAUAUGCGGUCGGAAUCUCUUGUCUCGAUCGAAAAUUGUACAAGGAAAGGAAUAAAAAUAUGAACUUCGAAUCAUGGCAAUAGAAGUCACGAUGAUAUGUUGGUUAUCCUUGGAUGCGGUAUAACUGUAUUUACAUGACAAAAAAAAAAAAAAAAAAAGGAAAAAGAAGUAAUUCGGUAAUGUGAUGUGUUAGAUGGAUAAAAAGAUCUAUUUAGAAAAAUAAAUAAACGUUACUCUUGUUAUCACCAGUCGGUUGAGAAUCAGAUAGAAGUUAUUUAUGAUCGAGAAACGUUUCGAUAAUCAAUUUUUUUUCUAGGUGCGUACGGUUCAAAAGUUAACCUGGGCAUCAUUUGUAUUUCUCCGAUGAAUAUUUAAGAGCGUGCACAACUUUGCAAUGAAUAUAAUGCAAUUGAUAUAUGCAUAAAUUCAUCGAUAAAACGAAUGUGACGUCGUUUUGGUGAUUCGCAACGUUCGAUAGAUUAACGGAGUUUUUACAAGGAAAAUUACUUGUAUACAUUUUUGAGCCGUUUCCCUCUGGAAUCCUCUUUAAUAGAACAAAAUAAAUGAAUAAAUGAUACGAUGAAAAAAUUGUCUUUGUGCGAUGUAAACGUACGUCGACUUUUUUCACGCGGUGGCACGGAGAUCGAGUUAAAAAUCUCGAGUUCAUGUCGCGAUCGAGAAUCAAUCUCCCUGCGCUCGAGUGAUCGCAUUUUUUCUAGCCUCAGGCAUAGCUUGUAUAUCUAGAUGAAUUUGUAAAUAAAAGAGAAGAGCAUUAUA